AUGAAGAUUCCAGUGCGCGAGUCAGAGUUUAUCAAAACCAUUGUUGAUGGUAUAUUUCGUGAAUUGAGUGAUACAAUCUCGAUUGUUGAUGAGGAUAACCUUAUUGGAAUAGAAUAUCUGGUUAGCGAAUUACUGGAUUCGCAUCUACAAACAUGGCCAGAUGAAGGAACAGAUAAAGUUGAGGGCAUAAUGCUGAAUACGCCAGCUCAUGAAGCACAGUUGAAUGCUAACGCCUUCUCAAAUAUGAAAAAGCUAGGACUGCUUAAAAUCUGUAACGUGCACCUUCCUACAGGCCUUGGAUAUCUUUCUAAUGAGUUGCGUUUGAUGGAAUGGCAUGAAUAUCCUUUGACUUCCAUGCCAAAUAAUUUCCAGCCAGACAACCUUGUCGAACUCAUUACGCCUCAUUGUCGCUUUGAGCAACUGCCCAAGGGAUUUAGUAACUUGAACAAGUUGAAAGUCCUCGACCUCAGUAACUCUCAAAACUUAAUCAAGACACCUGAUUUCUCUGGUUUUUCAAAUCUUCAGAGGCUAAUUCUCCAAGGUUGUACUAAAUUGUUCGAAGUGCAUCUGUCUAUCGGAAGUCUAAAUCAACUUGUUCUAUUAAAUCUCAAAGAUUGCCAGAGUCUUGUUAGCCUUCCAUACGAGAUCAACUUGGAAUCUCUAAAAACUGUCAUCUUAUCUGGUUGUUCAAGCCUUAUUAAGUUUCCAGAGAUCGGAAAACAUAUGAAACGUUUGUCAGAGCUUUACUUGGACAAGACGGCAAUAGAAGUGGUACCACUAUCAAUUCAGAAUCUAACUGGCCUGACUUUAUUAAAUCUUUCGAGUUGUAAGGAUCAUCCAUAUGAAUCAUGCCAUUCGUUGCUCUACUUCUCAGUGCUAACCUCUUUAGUAGCUCUAGACUUAAGUGAUUGCAAUCUAUCAGACGGAGCAAUCCCUGGUGAUCUUAGUGGCUAAUCUUCCCUGGAGUCUAAUUUUGAGCAGAAACAAUUUUUCAUACUUGCCCGAUAGCAUUUCUCAGCUUUCCAAGCUUAAAUUCCUCUACUUGGAUAAUUGUAGCAAGCUUAAGUUAUUGCCAAGUCUUCCCUUCAGUAUCGAAGUAGUAAUGGCAAGACAAUGUUCUUCCCUUGAAAAUUGUUCAAAUCAAGUUACAGUACUGCAGACUUCAUAUGAAAAAGAACUCACAAUUAUUAACUGCCUCAGCUCCGUCGAUGAUGAAAAAUCCAAGGUUUCUUUGCUAAAUAAGCACUUCCAGCCACUGUGGUGGGAAUACCAGUAUGCUAUUGUCCUCAAUUUUGGUUUUGGUAUUUAUGCAGGAGCCAAUUCAACAUGGCAAAGGAUUUCUUAGCAGUCUUCCCGUUACUCUAAUUCCGAAGUGGUUCUACAAUCAGAAAUACGGGUCAUUUGUAUCAAUCCCAUUACCACCCGAUCUUUCUAAGAACAGUAGUUGGAGAGGAAUUGCAUUGUACACUGUUUUUGAAGUCGAGAAAAAUUUGGGCAACGUUUCUCCUGGUCAGAAAUCACAUAAUAUUCACGAGUUGAUAUAUGACUUUGACAUGCAGGAUGGAGUUGAUCUUGAAGAUUGUACCAUAUUCUUUCACCCCCCUAAUGACCAAAGCGGUGUUGAUUUAUAUAGACUGUGUCUAUAUAUCUCGCACGCGAGGUUUAGGGACCAUUUAGACAGACGUAGCUGCAUUAGCCCUUCAAUUUCAUCCAAUAGCCCAAGUGUUCGGUUUAAAGCAUGUGGCUCUCGAAUUCUCUAUGAACACGAUAUGGUGGAGUUUAUAGAUGUUUUAAGACAAAAAGGCCGCGGUAUCUGUAAUUCGCCUCCUCCUCCUCCUCCUCGAGCACUUGAGGCUGUCAAGCGUCGUUUCCCUAGAACUGAGAGUGCAGGACAUUGAUGAAAGCUCCCUAUACAAUUUGUGCUUUUAUGGAUCAAUUCAAACGUUGUUCCCCCCCUCUAUCCGCAAAGAUCCCUCAUUGACAUUUGAUUCACCCAGAUACUGUAUGGGAGUUGGUUGGGACUUGCUCUAUGCGCUUCCUUUUCUAUCGGUGGCCACUCUUCAACUAGCAUAGUUGCGAAUAAUUACCGCCUUACUUUGUCUUUGAAACCCGAUAAGGAUAGUCUGGAACGUUUCCAGAUCACCUAUUGCCUCACCGAAGAAGAUCUCAAGUUGUUAUGGCGAGAACAUAAAUUGGAAUGGUUGUGUUAUAUGCCGCGUAGGUCGUUUCCAGAUUGGUUGAAUGGGUGCUCUUUCAUCGAGGCUUCCAUUACAACGGACUACCCCGGCUUAAGGAUGCACCAGUGUGGCUUCCGUCUUCUGUUCCAACAUGACGCCACGUUUCAGGAAGUAGUACGAACUCUAGAUGCAUGCCCUGAUGAACGGCGGUUAAUUACUAAAUUUUUGGAGUUAUAAACAUCAAAACCUAGUACUGGUAGAUACGAAUCUGAAAGAAAUCUUUAUGACAAGCUUUACAAUUACUCAUAGCUAUCACAAAUGUUCGAAUGUAUGAAGUAAACAUGUACCAAAUUAGAGAUAUUAUACAUUGAGUAGGGGAAACUUGAUUACAGAUAUUAUACAUUGGAUAAGAAUUUCCCGUGUA